CACACCACGACAAUGUUCUCUUCAUUCUUCUCCACGGCGCCGCCAGUCGACCCGCAUGCACCCAACUUCCAUCCCGUGUCCGCUGGUCGCCUGUCCUCGGAGCUCUUCGGUGAGCUCGAGGCCAAGGAUACGGAAUGGGCAUGUCCAGGAGGCUUUGCAGUCGAGACACAGAUCUUUUACAACUUCCUGGAGGACGGCACCUCUGUGCUGCUCCAAGUAAUUCACUCCUCGGUGGGAGUAUGGUAUCCUACUAUCCAAAUCACCUCCAAGAUUUACAACCCGAACACUGGCGAGAAGAUCUGGAAAUCCGUCAAUGUCGCGAAUUUCGUCACUCCUCCACCUGGCCUCGAUAAGCGCUCUAGCAAGGCGGAUCAGUUCUCGAUCACCCACAAGAGCAACCCUGGCAGCAAUGAGCCCGAGAAAUACGUUGUGAACGCAAACUUGGGCGACGACCUCCAGUGUUCGUUCGAGGUCUCCCGCCCCGCCAGCGUGCCGGGCUUCAAGGUUGGCAAAGGCCCCAAAGGCGGCUUCUCCUAUUUCGGACCUGACCUCGAAAAGCCUGACGGCUACGUUGUACACCGUUUCUGGCCCCGCACCGCUCUCAAGGGAAUGAUCAUCCAUAAGGGCAAGGCAAUCGAAGCCAAGGGUCCUGGCAUGUUUGUGCACGCGAUUCAAGGCAUGCGCCCGGAUACCGUCGCCGCCCGCUGGAACUUCGCGCACUUCCAGAGUGACGCGCACAACGGCGUGAGCGCGAUCCAGAUGGAGUUCACGACUACAGACGCGUACGGAAAGAAGGGCGCCGGCUCCGGGUUCGUCACCACCAGUGUCGGCUCGCUCGUCCUCGGUGGGAAGCUAGCUGCUGUCACCUCAGAGACCAGGUACCCCGGCGAGGCGCAGGCAGACGAUGCGGAAGUUAUCUCGCGUGCGGUGCACUUGAGAACUGCGAAAGACGUAGAUACUGGCUACGACGCCCCCACCGAGCUGGCCUUCAAGUGGGCAGCCCCUGCCUUGGGCGGGGAGGGGCGCGUCGAUGCCAGCCUGCAGCUUGAUGUCGGUCCGCCAACCGCGUACAAGGGUCUCGUUGAGAAGGUCGAUGUCCUCGCGGAGAUUCCAUACGUCAUCAAGACGAUGGUGAAUUACGUCGCUGGAACGAAGCCCUUUGUCUACCAGUGGUUCAAUCCUGGCACGCUUCACGUCACUGGGCCCGAUUCUCUGAUACCUGGUCUCUCCCAAGGGGUGGACAUUGAAGGAAGGAUCUACAAUGAAGCUACUUUCAUCUCCUAAGCUUGUGCUUUCACCCACGUCAUGCCCUGUAUGUAUUGUACGUUUCACGCACCCUGUACUAUGUUUGUAAACAGACAAGGUUUAUUUCUGGACGCCCUUUUGCAUCGCACAUAUUCCCUACUACGAAUGACUACACAUUCCGACUUCGUCUUUACGCUGCAAGAC